AUGUCUGAGGACCGUGAAGUCAACGUCAGGCUCUGCUAUGCGAAUAUUCCAACAAUCACUAUUUCCUACAAGGACAAGAAGGAUCUGUUCAAAAAGUUCAAGCAGCAACUCAAAACCCUACCCUUCAACACCGAUGAGCUCUACUUCAUCGAUCAAAAUAACGAUUCAAGUGAAAUUAGAACUGCUGACAAUCUGAAGGAAGCUGUUGAUAGGGGCUAUAACUAUAUCAACCUUUACGUCCGCAGUGAUAACUCUGAUCAUGGACUGGUGUCAUGUUCAAGCAGCGAUGAGGAUGAAGAGAGCGGGAAGGAUGAAGAAAAGAAGGAAACCUCAAGAAGUGAGUCCAUCUCCAAACACCAUCGAUCGAAAUGCCGUCAUCGCUCUCUAUCACCUUCCGAACAUUAUCACCGUUACUACCCUCCAUGGGGCUACAUUCCCUGGAACAUGAAUCCUCAGUAUAUGUAUGGACCUCCUCCAUUCUACGAUUCGCAUGCCGAAGAAAGCUGUAGUCGUAGACAGAACAAAUGUCCUUAUUGCCGCAAUUGA